AAAAAGUAAACAAGUGGCUUGUGUGCUAUGGGUGCUAUGUGUUCAGUGCAGUGUGUGCAGUUUUCUUUGAAAUUUAGAAAUGGAAAUGAUGGAAGAGGAAGAGAUUCAAGUAAAAAUGGAGUAUGAUAGCGAGGAAGAGGAAUUUGUGCUAUAUGAUGUAGUUGUAAAGGAAGAAUACUCUAUGGAGGGAACAUCUAGCCCUGAAUACCAAAAAUACGAGGCUAGGGGACAGGAUCUUCCGGUGAAUGUGAUAGACAUAAAACAGGAAUUGGAUGAAGAAGUUAAACCACUAAAACAGUCCAAUGAAAAGAAAGAGAAUCACAUUAGUAAGCACCGCGUAAAAGCUUCUUCAGGGAUUAUCCAAAAGAGAAAGUACCUGACCUUGGAGCAAAAAUUGAAGAUAAUUGAAUUAUCACGUAACAAAACACAAGAGCAAUUAUCCAGGCAAUUUGGAGUUUCGCGUUCUUCAAUCUCCCAAAUCCUUAGUCGAAGAAAUAUCCUCUCAGAUCUGGCUUCCAGGAAGCCUUUGUUCAUGAAAAGGAAUCAAUCACGGGAUCCAUUAAUAGCCGUACUCGAGAAAAUAGUCAAAGAUUGGAUCCUUAUGAAUACACAAUAUCACAUUCCUGUCACAAAGACCAAAAUUCAGAUGAAAGCUCUCUCAGUUUAUGAAGAUCUGAAAAAGUCUGUCCCUCCUGGCACCGAUAUCAAGGAUUUCACUGCGUCUACGGGAUGGUAUUCUAGAUUUAUCAAAAGGGAGGAUCUCCGCAAUUUGAAGAUACGAGAGGAAGGAGAUGGUGGUGAUGUUGAAGCUGCAACGAGGUUCACUGAAGAAUUUGCCAAAAUCGUAUCCGACGGUGGCUACACACCAGCUCAGAUAUUCAACGUGGAUGAAACGGAGCUGGUUUGGAGGAAGACGCCUGACAGGACCUAUUUGCCGGGAACUACGAAGGACCGUGUAACACUUCUUCUGGGCGGAAAUGCCGAUGGGAGUUUGAAGCUAAAACCCGUUUUUAUUCACAGAUACAAGAAUCCAAAUAUCCUAAAAUGUUAUGCCCCAGAAUUACCUCCAGUGUCGUACAAAACACAACGCAAAGCUUCAAUGUCGAGCGAUCUCUUCAUUUCCUGGUUUAAAAAUGAAUUUAAGCCCGAGGUAGAGCGUUUUUGUGAAGAGAAUCAUCUUCCAUUCAAGAUUUUGUUGACAAUGGACAAUGCACCAUACCACCCGACCGGCAUUUGUGGUUUAUUUGAGGAGAUCUCAGUUGUGUUUUUUCCACCUAACACAACCUCUCUCAUCCAGCCCAUGGACCAGGGAAUUAUCACCAAUUUUAAGUCCUACUAUUUACGCGAAUGUUUCCAUAUUGCUUCCUCAAAGGUCGACGGUGCCAAAGACAGAAAUAAGGCAAAAACUCUUGAGCGUUUCUGGAAGAACUUCAACAUUGCCGAUGUGACCUCCCUGAAGCUGGCCGAAGGCCAGCCGAACGCGGGUUUGUGUCUUGGCUAAGAAAAACCGUUGCAAAUUCAAAUAUUUUUUGUGUGUCUCGGCUAAAAAACACUGAGAAAAAUUGAAAUAAUUAUAUAAUAAUGAAAAGAAAAUUGCGGAAAA